ACACAACACAGUCACUGUUUUAAAUGUAAAGAUUUAUCUGGAGGUGUUGAUAAUUUAGUGAAGUGUUCUGUAUAUGUAGUGGUUGGAUGUGGAAUACAUGUUUAAUUAUUGGUAUUGUUGAAAUAUUGUGAUUACCCGUAGAUAAAGGCAGCAGAAAUCACGGGAACUAUGAAAAAUGCAACGCUUCACAUGUAAUCGUCUAGCACCGUAUAGGAGGACACUCCAUGCCAAAUGUUUAAUUAUUGGAUACCACUGAAGCUAAAGGAAAGAUUCAUGGAGUGAAAAUAAAUACAAAGGAAACAAGAAUAACGGCACUGGGAGGAAAUAAAAUGGUUACUGUACUGAACUAUAACCUUCAUUAGUUUCAUACCUGCUUGUGAGACUUGCUGCAAAAUGUCAGAGCCGAAAUUGGAAGAGGAACUGGAAACUGACUGGAGAGAUAAGCCAGACAGUGGAAACAAGAAACAUACACUUGAUUCUGAUGAAGAUGAUGAUGAUGACAUUGAAGAAAGUACUUAUGAUGUCAUGGCAGAAGAUGAUAUUGAAGGUCAGGAAGAAGGAACAGCGACAUUUGAUGGAGAUGUACGCAUUACACCUUUCAACAUGAAAGAAGAGUUAGAAGAGGGACAUUUUGAUACACAAGGAAAUUAUCACUGGAAGAAGGAGGGAAAGGUGAUUCGUGAUAGCUGGUUGGAUAAUAUUGACUGGGUCAAGAUAAAAGAGGCAGACAAGCCUGCAGAAGCAGAGCCUGAGAGUGACAGUGAUGUAUCCAGUGUAGCAUUUGAUCAGAUUCCAGUUUAUCGGAAAAUGCUAGAGUAUAUGAAACCUGGAGAGACAGUUGCCAAGUCACUGAGAAGAUUGGGAGGCAAUAAGACAAUGUCGGCAUCUGAGCGGUGGCGCCGGAAAAAAGCAGGUCUGCAGGAUGAUUCUGGCAACAGUCAGCAUGUGACAGAUCUCACAGCAAUGGCCAAUCAACUGUUGUCAGAGACAGGCAACAUGGAUAUCUACCAAGAGAGCUAUGAGCACAUAACCUCCAUUGUUGAAGCAGCAGAUAUGAAGGCAAAGGCUGAGGAAUCUGCCAAGAAGUCAGCUGCACGGGCAUAUGAUGAUGCACUGGACAUGUAUGCUGAUGAUUUUGAUGAGAAAGAGAAAGCAAGACUUGACGAAAAGAAGCAGAAACAUGAUGAUGGAAGUGAAACUGGAGAACCUGCAUCCAAAAGACAAAAGACUCAAGAUUCUCAGGAAGGAUCAAAUGGAAACAGUAGCUCAUCUUCUGGUGUUAUUUCAGGUGGUGAACUGAUGUGGGAGUACAAAUUGGAAGAGAAUGCCACAGAGAUCAAUGGCCCUCACACCACAUCUCAGAUGCUGCAGUGGAUUAAAAGUGGGCAUUUUAAAGGUGACGUGUGGGUGCGCAAGUGUGGCCAGGAUGGACAAUUUUACACUUCGAGGCGGGUGGACUUUGAACUGUAUCUAUAAUAGUUUCUUGUAUAACACAGUACAUAAUUUUAUUAGUUCAAACACUGUUACAUAAUCAGUCAAGAAGUUCAUUGCAUAGGCUUUAAUGUAUUACUACAUUUAGUAAACAGCAGUGGGUUUUUAAUUACUGUAUACUUAUUUUUUCGUUUCUGAAACACUGAGUAAAGUACUGUGAAGACGACGAAUUCAGGUUACACUGAAUUUUUUGCGAUCAUGAAACAGAUUGAUAUUGUUUCAUAAAAUUAUGUAAUAUUUUUGGAAAACUUUUGUUUUCUGUUGAGUUAAUGUAAUUAUUGUAUAUAGGGAGACUAUAUAUAAUUUGAUUCUGUAAAGUAAAAAUAUCCUGUAUGCAUUUUACUGUGGGACUGAUUCGAUUGCAUAUUUACAAAUUGUACAAAAUGUACAUUAAGCUACAUUACAGCUGAUUUUUGUCUUCUAAGUAUAAGUUUUGCAACAGUCAGAGAAAUUAAUUAAAGUUGUUGUGCUGCUUAAUGUAAUCUGUAGGGUAUGAUUUGAAAUUCUGAGACACUGAAAUGUAUGAUAGUAACAGAAAAUUGAAUGAUUGCUGUUAUCUUACUAUAAUUAGAAACCAUUUAAUAGGUAGCUGUACAUUGUUACUCAAUUACAUGUUUUAUUAUGCAUUGCGCCUGCCUUUCUAAUGUCAUGUUUCUGAUGUGGUAAUGUUAUUUCCUUUACUGCCAUAUCCAUGCUGUGAUGACUGUGAUAUUAUGCACGACACUAUGUAGUGUGACACAAUUGUUGAUGAUACAAGCAGAUUCUAUCAUAUUUGUAUGGGACUUAUUCUUCAAAAACUAAUUAAAUGAAUUAAGAUCUAGAAA